AUGCUUCGGCUUAUCAGGGCCCUGUCCACAUACACAAAGGCAGAAAUAGAAGGCGCUCGAAAAUGGCUUCUGUCCUUUGACCAUGCCAAAGUACCUCGGUCUAUUUUUGAAAUCUCAUUUAGUCGGUCUUCAGGGCCUGGAGGACAGAAAGUGAACAAAACUUCAUCUAAAGCCACCGUCUCUCUUGAGCCGCAUCAAUGGUUGCAGCCACAGUUCUGUUACUGGAUUCCCAAGCCCAUACUCUCGCAGAUUGCCACGAAAAAGUUGCGAUACCAGACGAAAGCCGGAGGUCUCUUGAUCCAAAGCGACUCCAGCCGGAACAGAGAAACAAACACUGACGAGUGUUUCCGUAAACUAGUUCAGGCGAUCAAGGAAACGGCACACUUUGAAGCUGAGGUGAGCGAGGAAGACAAAAGGAAAUGGGCUGAAAUCGCCGAAGAACAGAAGGAGAAACGGCUCUACCAUAAGAAGAAGCAGAGCGACAAGAAGAAGCUACGGCAAAAGAAGUUUGAUGUUUAG